UCAAAUUUAUGGGUUUGCAAUCCCAGUUUAAGCUUCCCGUUAUCGAUUUCUCCGAAGGAAAUUUAAACCCCGGAACAAGCACUUGGGUAUCAGCAUGCAAUGAUGUGCGGCAGGCUCUCGAAGAGCAAGGCUGCUUUGAAGCAAGAUUUGACAAAGUACCUCUACAGCUUCAUGACACAGUUUUUGCCACAGCUGCAGAGUUGUUCGAUCUCCCAACUGAGGUGAAAAUGAGAAACACUAGCAAUAAACCUUACUUUGACUAUUUCGGACAAUACAGAUCUCUUCCUCUCUAUGAAUCCUUGGCGAUGGACAAUCCCACAACUCAUAGUGGAACUCAAAGUUUCACUAAUCUCAUGUGGCCUGCUGGAAAUGAUCGCUUUCGUGAAAGUGCUCAAAGCUUUUCAGAGCUAGUAGCAGAAUUAGACCGAACCGUGAUGAGAAUGCUAUUUGAAAGCUAUGGGGUUGGGAAUUACUAUGAUUACUACAUCAAAUCAACCAACUAUCUUCUUCGAUUCUACAAAUAUAGGAAGCCUGAGAUGAACGAGAGUGACACUGGUUUACCGCCUCACACUGACAGAACUCUUCUGUCCAUAAUUCAUCAAGGUCGUAUCAGUGGUUUGCAGGUGAAACUCAAGGAUGGCCAGUGGGUUGGUGUACAGCCAUCACCUACAUCUUUUGCGGUCAUGGCAGGCGAUGCAUUGAUGGCUUGGAGUAAUGACAGAAUACCACCCUGUUACCAUCAAGUCACCAUGAAGGAGAAGGAAACAAGAUACUCAAUCGGAAUGUUUUCAUUCAUUAGUGGGAUCAUACAUAUACUUGAAGAGCUAGUGGAUGAGACGCACCCCCUCAAAUACAAAUCCUUUGACCAUUUCCAAUUCCUUCAUUUUGAUCGAUCGGACGAGGGGAAGAAAUCAAAGUGUUCUAUCAAAGCCUUUUGUGGUGUUUGA